GUCACAGUAUUGCAGGCGCACGACUCGACGAGCAACAGAGUGCUGUGUACAUCCCCGCCCACGUAUUAUUAUUCGACUGUCUUGUAACCACGCUUCUCGGUGAUCGUGAACAACCACGAGUAUUGGACAAUUCCACAUCGAGUGGAUAAUGAAUUUAUUAUUCGCGGAAGAUUUGUCGCGGCCUGUCGACAGAACCACGUAAGAAGGUUUUAAUGUGACACAAGGGCGAGCAUGAUUCUGGCAGGAUCAGACCAUUUUCUGGCGGUACCUGUGGAAGCGACAGCAUUUCUGGGUGCCGUAGCUGGCUUCGUGGUCCUCCUGUUGGCUCUGUUCUUGUACUUGUCACGCAAAUGGUGCUUCACUCCACCAUCCACGACCACUCUUUUCGGUGGCGUUUGCGUGCCCCUCUGCGAGCCUAACAACGGCUCCACCUCACAGAUUACGAAAAACAUAGGGAAGGCAUUUUCCUAUUCGGAUCCAGAGACUAGUUCCGAUUCGGAAGAGGACGUCCUUCGUCGACUGAAUUCGCAUACUCAUCCACCGCCGGAUACUUUGACUAUCCAAGCGGAGGAUGGACCGACCAUUCUGGAUGCCGGCACUACCUCCAGCAGCUGCACGGAAGAACACUCGCCCAGCGAUCAACAACAGUGUGUGGUAGAAGUCGGGGCCUCUGGUAUUAUUCUCGAUAACAGAGAACAAGAGGUAGAGGUCGAGCAAAAUGGUUCGACUACCAACGACGUUAUUACAACGAUGGGUACCAUCACCGAAGAAGUGGGUAGCUUGGAAGUCGCUUUCCUAUAUGAUGCACCGAUGCGUGAGAUGACGGUUCAUGUGCUGCAAGGACGAAAUUAUCCCGAAGGUAUAGGCGGUAGUCAAGUGCGGCUCGUGCUGUUACCAUCGAAGAAGCAGCGCCGUAAAACUCGAGUACGCCAGGGUACGUCUCCACAGUACAUGGAGAGUUUUCUGCUUCCACGUGUUAAUCCAGAGGACGUAAACGCCAUGGGCGUACGCCUAAGAGUGUAUCUAUGGGGCGGAAGAAUGCGACGAGAGAGAUUACUAGGCGAGGCUAGAGUCUCCUUCGAUCAGAUCAAUCUUCAGCUUGAAACUACGCUUUGGUUAACGCUACAACCUCCACCUUUUUCUUCGGUACAAGAUUGGGGAACAACUAGUAGUUUGACUCGUAGCGAUUCCACGGGAUCACAGCAAUCAGUUCAAUCAUACGCAUCACCUACUGCACGUGUGCCAACUUACGCGUCGCAUACUGUACCUCCUUACGGCAGUAGUAUGAAGGGCGGAAGCGUGGCAGAAAUUUUAAUAGGCUUGGCGUAUAACGGGACGACUGGACGUUUAUCGGUAGAAAUAAUUAAAGGAUCUCAUUUUCGGGGUGGCGGCGGGAACGACACGAAACCACCCGACACGUAUGUUAAGCUCGCUCUCAUGGAUAGCAACGGUCACGAAAUGGAACGAUCGAAAACUGGUCUGAAACGGGCUCAGCCGAAUCCCCUGUACAAGGAAACAUUUAUAUUCCAAGUUGCUCUGUUUCAACUUGGAGAUGUAACUCUCUUUCUAUCGGUUUAUAAUCGACGAAGAGGCGGAAUGGGAAGAAAGGGAAGAGAAAUGAUCGGUUGGCUGAGUUUGGGAUUAAACAGUUCCGGUACGGAGGAGCUUCAACAUUGGAACGAUAUGCGCGCAGCAAGACAACCGGCGCAAGUUCAACGCUGGCACUCGUUGCUGCGUCCUUGAAACAUCCGAUCACGAAAGAGUUCCUGCAACGGAAAUACAUUUUACGAUGUUGUUAACGAUAACGAUAUGGUUUGACAGAUAGAACACGGUGCAGAUUACGGUCCUCGAUUGCGUACCGUUAUAUACGACUGAUCGUGUAGAAGAGCAAGUGAAUUUUUCAAGACGAACGCGGCUGUUCUUUAUUGGAGAUAAAGCCUGUACUGCCCGAACAGAACACAGAAGUCAAUAUGUCGAUCUGUUGAUCCUGCGAAUCAGAGCUAUCAUAAUUUUAGCACGUGGUAACUCUGAGUUCAAAACUCUAUCGAUGUACCAAGUACAUUCCUUUUUGAUACGCCGGACGGAGUUGAGGGUGUUUUCAACAUACAUAUUACGUAUGUAUAUUACAUAUGCAAACAAAGAAAGAACGUAAACGCAUAACACAUACAUGAUCCAUACGCACACGUACACGUAUAUGUAUAUACACGUUUACCUACUUACAUAUACGUAAAACAUAUUUCAAUUACACGUGCACACAUACGUACACGUUACAAAUAUGCAAACACGCAUUUUGUCGGUCCCAAAAGUCGAACGUAUAAUACAUUAGCAGAUGGACCGCGAAAACGACUUCGAUUCGAUAUGUGCCUGAGCCAACUUUAAUCGUUUAUUUUUUACUUUGUGCCUUUCACCCUUUUUAGGCCGCGUGUCCGUCGACGGAGAAUCGUCGUGGGAUACCUAGCCAAGUCGAGAGCCCAUUAUGAACCGCGAUCCUCUAGCCGUUCUCCUUUGGACGAGCUAACUAAGCAAACGUAAUUUUUCCUCUCUCGCUCCGCGACACUUUCAGCGGAAUAUUCGAUUUGCAGUGCUUGUUCGUUCGAAUCGAUGCCACGAAUCUUGUUGUUUCGAUCACAUGGUUCGAGAAUGGAUUGACGCGCGAAACGAAUUAACCCCUUACUGCGUGGAGUACUGGGGCAACGAAUAAUGUUUCGAGAGAAAGUCAAGGCUGUACACAAUUUUUCUAAUUUCCUACAUACUCUGGCUUCGUUUGUUCGUUUCUCUUUUCUGCGUACUAUUAUUUAUACAUAUAUAUAUACGUAUAUCCUUAAUUUAGUAAUACAUAUUUGAUAUUAUCAGUAAAGCACGUUGCGAAGUUUCAUAAUUCCUUGUCGUAUUCUUGAUACGUGUAACAACGUGCUUUUAUUUAUUAUAUAUAUACUUACGUAUAUUUACGUAUCCUAACUUUACGAACGUUUCGUGUAUACAGGAUAUCGGUUAAUCAAUUAGUAGCGUCGAGGGGUUAUAGUUAAUCGAUGGGAUAUAAAGGGGAACGUAUACGAGGACAGAUUCACAAUUAAACGACGCACAAUAAACUCGCAAAGCGCACCUCGUAAACGCAGAUGUGAUCGUAGAGUUGAUAUUACUAUUAAACUAGUAGUAUACAUUAUCGUGUGAGUACGAUAGGUUAUGUAGAAAUGUUUUUUCCACGCGUUUAUAUUAGAGGGAAUUGGAUACCGGACGAAGCAGGCGACUGAUUAAUGGAUAAAAAAAUUACCAGAUGCUGUGAAUCGUUUAACGCUUGACUUUUUCAAGCUUAGCGUUUAGGUGAUUAACGAUGAUUAAUCCAUGCUCGAACUAUUCUCCCGUUUUACGUAUUUAGACAAUGUAUAACGCGAUUGCAAGGACUCAGAAGUUUCUUUUUCGUUUGUUUACUACGUAUGUGCAUGAAUUUUCUCGUAUCAAAUGUACAGACGUUCUUUUUACAAUGCUCUUCUCAAACGCAGUUUUAAAGAAGUACUUUUAGCGCUUUCGGAUUUAGCAUAAUCAUCGAUAAUCGAUAAUAUCGUAGUUAUGUGCGUUUGUUAGUGCAUCUCAUCCAAUUUCUAGCGUUUUCAGGAAGCGAGAAGAGAAAG